AUGAUAGAUUCUAUAUCAACAAUUGAGUCUAUUAUCGAAGAAGGAAUGAAUAUGAGUUUACGAUUCGAUGAAGGACUAAGUCCAAUUCAUGUGGCUGCAAAGUUGGGUCAUGUAGAAGUAGCAGAAAUUCUCAUCAAGCAUGGUGUCAGUGUCAAUGCUAGAACUAAAGAAGGACUUAUACCACUUUCUAUAGCUGCACGGAAUGGUCAUGUAAAUAUGACUAAAUUCCUCAUUGAACAUGGUGCAGAAGUCAAUGCUACCGAAAUUAAUAAUCAGAUGCCAAUUCAUAUAGCCGCACAUUAUGGUCAUGUAGAAGUAGCAGAAAUCCUUAUCAAGCAUGGUGCAGAUGUCAAUGCUAAAACUAAAGAAGGAUUUAUGCCACUUCAUAUAGCUACACAGAAUGGUCAUGUAAAUAUGACUGAAUUCCUCAUCGAACAUGGUGCCGACAUCAAUGCUACUGAAAUCGGUUGGAUCCCAAUUCAUAUAGCCGCACAAGAAGGUCAUGCAGAAAUAGCAGAAAUUCUCAUCAAGCACGGUGUCAGUGUCAAUGCUAAAACUAAAGACGGAAUUAUACCACUUUAUAUAGCUGCACAGAUGGGUCAUGUAGAAGUAGCAGAAAUUCUCAUCAAGCACGGUGCCAGCGUCAAUGCUAAAACUAAAGACGGAAUUAUGCCACUUUAUACAGCUGCACGGAAGGGUCAUGUAAAUAUGACUAAAAUCCUCAUCGAACAUGGUGCAGACGUUAACGCUACCGAAAUAGAUAAUUGGAUGCCACUUCAUAUAGCCACGCAAAAUGGUAAUGUGGAAGUAGCCGAAAUCCUUAUAAAUCAUGGUGCGGACAUCAGUGCCAAAACUAAAGAAGGGCUUAUGCCACUUGAUUUAGCUAUACAGAUGAGUCAUGUUAAUAUGACUAAAUGCCUCAUCGAACAUGGUGCCGACAUCAAUGCUACUGAAGGUAUUGGUUGGAUCCCAAUUCAUAUAGCCGCGCAAGAAGGUUCCGUGGAAGUAGCAGAAAUCCUUAUCAAUCAUGGUGCAAACGUCAAUGCUAAAACUGAAGAAGGACUUAUUCCACUUUAUAUAGCUACACAGAAUGGUCAUGUAAAUAUGACUAAAUUCCUCAUCGAACAUGGUGCAGACGUCAAUGCUACCGAAAUCGAUAAUUGGAUGCCACUUCAUAUAACCGCGCAAGAAGGUCAUGUAAAAGUAGCAGAAAUCCUCAUCAAGCAUGGUGCCAGCGUCAAUGCUAAAACUAAAGAUGGAAUUAUACCACUUUAUCUAGCUGCACGGAAUGGUCAUGCAAAUAUGACUAAAAUCCUCAUUGAACAUGGUGCAGACGUCAACGGUAUCGAAAUCGAUAAUUGGAUGCCACUUCAUAUAGCCACGCAAAAUGGUCAUGUAGAAGUAGCAGAAAUCCUUAUCAACCAUGGUGCUAAAACUAAAGAAGAGCAUAUUCCACUUCAUAUAGCUGCAGAGAAUGGUCAUGUAAAUAUGACUAAAUUCCUCAUCGAACACGGUGCAGAUGUCAAUGCUACCGGGAUCAAUAAUUUGAUGCCAAUUCAUAUGGCUGCGCAAAAUGGUUCCGUGGAAGUAGCAGAAAUCCUUAUCAAUCAUGGUGCUGACAUCGGUGCCAAAGCUAAAGAGGGAAUAAUGCCACUUCAUAUAGCUGCACUGAUGGGUCAUGCAAUCAUGACAGAAUUCCUCAUCGAACAUGGUGCAGACGUCAAUGCUACCGACAUCAAAAAUUGGAUACCAAUUCAUAUGGCUGCGCAAAAUGGUUUCAUGGAAGUUGCAGAAAUCCUUAUCAAUCAUGGUGUUGACACCAGCGCCAUAACUGAAGAAGAAAAUAUGCCACUUCAUUUAGCUGCAGCAUCCGGUGAUUUCCUAUCAUGCGGAAGUCGCAUCAAUUCUCAUCAAACACGGCGCCGAGAUCAAUACUAA